CCGGCUCAGGGCUGCGUGGCGUCCCGGCCUGCGAUGGAGACCAUUUAGUUCAAUGAAGUUCUGCGCUGAACAGACUUGGGUGAUAACGUGGAUUACAGUGCCGGUGCCGCCGGGGUUCCAGAAUGGUUGAGAACUCGCCUUCCCCGCUUCCAGAAAGAGCUAUUUAUGGCUUCGUCCUAUACCUGGGCUCUCGGUUUGGUCUUGUUCUUUACUUGACUUGGGCUUUUGUUCCUGAAUCCUGGCUGCACUCAUUAGGACUGACCUACUGGCCCCAAAAGUAUUGGGCAGUGGCUGUGCCCGUUUAUCUACUUGUCGUGCUGGGCAUUGCUUAUAUCUUCCUAUAUGGUGUAAACAUGAUGAGCACGGCACCGCUAAACGCCAUACACACUAUAACCGACACGUACGCCGGGAACCAGCAGGUUAAGGAGUCCCAGACGGACGCGAUCCCCGCUCUCAAGGACAUCCCUAUCAGCGAAGUUAACAAAAUGUUCUUUCUUCCGGACCGAAUUCAAACCGUGCGCCCCCGCUGACCCCGUGGGACGUUUACAAACAACACACCGGCCUUGACGUUCUAAAUAGUUUCAAUUUUUUGCGUUUUUAUUAUUAUUAUGAAAAAUAAAAUCAAAAGAAAAUG